GUUCAUAAUCAUUUCGCUUGUUGAGAGCUAGGGUGCUACAAUGGAUAUCGCGAUGGGAAACAGUGGUACUAACAACUCAAGUGAAGAACAAAGAACUUCAAAUCGUAGUGAUUCAGAAAAAAGGACCCACCAUCGUCAUAAUAGUAGCCAAAUACAACAUCUCGAAUUAUUUUUCGAGAACUGUCCUCACCCAGAUGAAAGCCAAAGACGUCAACUCAGUAGGGAACUUGGACUAGACCCUAAACAAGUCAAGUUCUGGUUUCAAAACAAGAGGACUCAAACAAGGGCUCAAAGUGAGCGAGCAGACAACUCGGCUCUCCGGGAAGAAAAUGAGCGAAUUCAAUGCGAGAAUCUGGCAAUUAGAGAGGCAUUAAAGAAUGCAAUUUGUCCUGCUUGUGGUGGUCCUCCUUUUGGUUUAGAAGAACGUCAACGCAGCCUACAAAAACUUCGGAUGGAAAAUGCCCAAUUGAAAGAAGAGCAUGAGAAGGUGAGUAACUUUCUUGCGAAGUACACAGGGAAACCAGUUUCCCAGUUUGAAGAAAUGAGUUCACCAACCAGAGGCAAAGGACCGUCCAAUGCUUUUGAUUCCUUGCCACCAAGUUAUUCGACUCAAAUUGGAUUCCCUUCUGUCGACAAUCUUGAUAAUUUCAUCCAAAAAUAUCAAGAAAAUAUUGGAAACAAUUUAUCAGUGAAUAAUCGUGUUAUCGAUCAUCGACAAUACUUCGAUCCUUGGCUGAUUUCAGAUGUAGAGAAAGCUUUCAUGGUAGAAACUGCUGCAUCUGCCAUGGAUGAACUAGUUAGGCUCUUGAGCGUCAAUGAACCAUUGUGGAUUAGGUCAGAAUCGAGUGGAUCAAGAGCAGUUAUUCAUCGUGAUACAUACGAGAAGAUCUUCCCUAAGGUUAAUGGGUUUAAGAAUAUGAAUUCUCGAAUCGAGUCAUCGAAAGAAUCGGGGAUGAUAAUAAUGAAUGGAUCUCACUUGAUUGAAAUGAUUAUGGAUCCAGUGAAAUGGACGGAUCUUUUCCCGACAAUUGUUUGCAAGGCAGAAAAACUUUAUGAAGUUCAAGCUGGAGCUAGUGGCAAUAAAAAUAGUUGCUUGUUGCUGAUGUAUGAGCAAAUGCACAUUCUGUCUCCGUUGGUGCCGGCUCGUGAAUUCAUCAUCCUUCGGAACUGCCGGCAAUUAGAAGCAGGCUUAUGGGUGAUGGUGGAUGUAUCUUAUGAUUUAAAAGAUCAUACUCGUCCUCGUUGUUGGAAGCUACCUUCUGGAUGUAUGAUUCAAGAUAUGGCAAAUGGGUGUUCAAAGGUUAUUUGGAUCGAACACGUAGAAGUUGAUGAUAAAAUUUUAACUCAUCAAUUAUAUAGAGAUCUACUAUGCAGUGGAUCUGCAUAUGGAGCUGAGCGAUGGAUCGUCGCACUUCAAAGAAUAUGUGAGAGAUUAACUUUCUCUAAAACUGAAAAUUCUUGUGAUUCUAAUCACAGCUCAGUUAUGUCUAAUGGUAUGAAGAGCAUGUUGAAGCUUUGUCACAGGAUGAUAAAGGACUUCUGCGCACGUUUGUGCAUGUCAUGUGAUAACAAACUUGAUUUCCCUCAUAUGCAUGACGUAAAUAGUAGUGGAGUUCGAGUUUGUGUUCAUGAGGGAAUUGGACCAAGCCAACCUAAUGGUACAAUUGUUAGUGCUACCUCCUCUCUUUGGCUUCCUCUCCCUCCUCUCCGUGUCUUUAAUUUUUUUAAAGACGAGAAUAUGCGAAAUAAGUGGGAUAUUUUGUGCGAAGGAAAUUUGGUGAACGUGCCUUUCAACCCUACUGAGAAUGGCAUGGUAAUGCUUCAAGAGAGUUUCAUCGACAGCUUGGGAGGAAUGGUGGUGUAUGCUCCAAUUGAUGUGCCAGCCAUGAAUGUGGCAAUAACCGGUGAUGACAUUAAUAAGAGCAUUCCUAUUCUUCCCUCAGGCUUUGUGAUUUCUACCGACGGUCGUCAAAAUAAUACAGGAGGAGCUUCAACCAGUGCUGAUACUAGCUUAGGUAUGAGGAGAGGUGGCGGUUCUCUUAUAACAGUGGUUUUUCAAGUAGUGGUUUCUACAAAGGACCUGAACAUGGAAUCUGUAGCCACUGUCAAAAAUCUUAUCAGCUCAACGAUUCAGAGGAUUAAAGAUGUUCUUAAUUGCUCUAAUAUUGAGUAGAAUAAUGUAUUAAAUGUUUGUUGUUGUGAACAUCAGAACUUCAAUUGUAAUGUCGAUUGCUUAAAAUCAUAGAUAGAUAUUUUGUUGUGUUAGAAA